CCCGCCGGCGCCCGGAGCCGCACUGCACGCUACCCGCGCCGACCCCGCUCUGCCAGCUUCGCACGCCCGCCCGCGCCCACCAUGGCCACAGUUCAGCAGCUGGAAGGAAGAUGGCGCCUGGUGGACAGCAAAGGCUUUGAUGAAUACAUGAAGGAACUAGGAGUGGGAAUAGCUUUGAGAAAAAUGGGCGCAAUGGCCAAGCCAGACUGUAUCAUCACUUGUGAUGGCAAAAACCUCACCAUAAAAACUGAGAGCACUUUGAAAACAACACAGUUUUCUUGUAACCUGGGAGAGAAAUUUGAAGAAACCACAGCUGAUGGCAGAAAAACUCAGACUGUCUGCAACUUUACCGAUGGUGCAUUGGUUCAGCAUCAGGAGUGGGAUGGGAAGGAAAGCACAAUAACAAGAAAAUUGAAAGAUGGGAAAUUAGUGGUGGACUGUGUCAUGAACAAUGUCACCUGUACUCGGAUCUAUGAAAAAGUAGAAUAAAAAUUCUAUCAUCACUUUGGACAGGAGUUGACUAUGAGAAUGAACAAGCUCAGUUCAAUGAGCAAAUCUUCAUACUAUUGUUUCUUUCUUUUUUUUCUCAUUACUGUGUUCAUUUAUCUUUAUCACAAACAUUUUACAUGGAGCUAUUUCAAAGUGUGUUGGAUUAAUUAGGAUCAUCCCAUUGGUUAAUAAAUAAAUGUGUUUAUGCUAAUA